CAUCAGCAACAUCACUCCGUCAGGAUGCAAACAGCUUGGAGAAAAGUUUGACUUUGGACUUAAUUGUAAUCAUUGGUGAUAUAAAAGCCCGACUGUUAUCACGCAGGUCACAAUCACAUGCGCGCGAUGGAGCCCAAGCUGAUCCUGCUUGUAGCCUUCGCGACAGGAGCACUAGCUGGUCCAAUCAUCCAGCGAGAUGCGAGGGACCCGACGUCAUGUGCAAGUCAGUGCAAUGACGCCACCAAGUUCAAGUACGCCGCGGGGUCAACGUACGAGUACACGUACAAUGCUAAUACGCGAACGACGAUGUCGGGAGCAGCCGAGGACCACGCCGGACUUGGAAUCAAAGCUGACGUCACAAUUGAAGCUUUGACAUCGUGUGAGAUGAUACUGACGCUGUCUGGCGUGCAAGUGCUGGCUCGGCCAAUGACAUCGGGAGAUAACUCGAGGGACUUUCGGCGGGCCCUGGAGGCCAACCCACUGCGGUUCUCCUUCCAAGAUGGCGUAGUGGAACAGAUUUGCCCUGAAGAUGACGACUCCGCGUGGUCCCUUAACGUCAAGAGAGCCAUGUUGUCAGCUUUCCAGAACUCUAUGGCAGAUCUUGAGAGAGAUCAGAGAGUGAAGGAGAGUGACGUGACCGGCGAGUGUUUCACGGACUAUCGGGUCACACAGAGAGGUCGGAGAACGUCCAUCAUCAAGAAGAGCAAGGAUCUGCUUGGGUGCGAAAACAGGCACGGCUACAAGACGUCCUUCCACUCUCUGCCAUACAAGAUGCCAAACGCCGUGCACUCCCUCCCCCUUCUGAAGAGCACCCACGAUUGCAGCCAGACCAUCACGAGCGAGGGUAUCCUACAGCGCUCUACCUGCAGCGAGACGCACGUCUUCCGGCCCUUCUCUAAGGACAACAAUGGAGCUAUGACCGAGGCAUCACACACCCUGGAGUUCAGAAGAACUCAGCCUUAUGUCCGCAGUCAGCAAGGCUUAGUCGCCAGUAGAAGUGCCCUGACGUUUGAACACACGUACGGUCUGCGAGACGAGGAGGUGAACCGCCGUGACGCCAGCACCAAGAUGCAGGAGCUGUGCCGCGUGACUGCGACGGACAUCCGCCCCGAGGUCCCCCAGAUGUUCUCGGAGCUGGUCUACAUUCUGAAGAACUCCAACUUCCGGUCCCUGCAGGCUCUGUACAGACAGCUAAAAACAGGACAAAUAUGCGGCAAGAACUCCAGGAUAGGAAAGAAGUUCUUCAUUGAUGCUAUCCCGAUGAUUGGCUCAGUUGACGCUAUCAAGAUGAUGCGAGAGCUGAUGACGGCGAAGGAUGUGGACAGCAACCAGGCCGACAUGUGGUUGACUUCACUCGCCUUCAUACAACACCCCACAGUAGAGAUGAUCACUGAGAUCCAGCCGCUCAUGCUGACGUCCGACUCAAAGAGGACAAAGAUCCUUGUCGCAGCCAUGGUGAACAACUUCUGUGUGAAGACUGCAGAGUGUACGAAAGUCCCUGUCAUAGACCUCAUCAUCUCCAUACUCGAGAACGAUAUUGGCAGAGGCUGUGUCGUGACGGACAAGAACGAAGAAGAUAUUCUACUGACGCUGCGGGCCAUUGGCAACAUUGGAAAUGCUGAUAGGUUAUCUUUGUCUCUGCAACUGUGCUUCACUAGGGAGAAAAACCCCAUGGAGGUCAGAAUUGCCGCCCUUGAUGCCUUCCGCAGACUGCCGUGUGGUGCUGAUAGAAACAACGCUAUGCAGUUGUAUAUGGACGGUGAAUCUGACGCCGAGGUGAGGAUCGCCGCCUACUUGGUGGCCAUGCAGUGCCCUGUUGAAACCAUCCUGACACAGGUGCGUGCAACUCUGGAGGUGGAGAAGGCCAACCAAGUGGGGUCUUUUGUGUGGUCUCACCUCAUGAACCUGCAGGAAACAUCCAGCCCCCUCAAGCAGCAGAUCCGCCACAUACUGGAGGACGAGCAACUCUCGCGAGAGUUUGACCUGGACAAGAGGAAGUUCUCCAGGAACUACGAGGGCUCGUUUUUCUGGGAGAAGUUCAAUGCAGGUGCAAUGGUUGAGAGCAACUUGAUAUUUUCAUCCAAGUCCUUCGUUCCCCGAUCGGCCUCUGUGAACUUGACAGUGGAUCUGUUUGGUCAAUCCGUCAACCUGUUUGAGAUGGGAGGACGUGUCGAGGGGCUUGAGAGUGUUUUGGAAUCUUUCUUUGGUGCAGAUUCCCCGACUGGCGUUGGUAGCAAAAAGACAGGCUAUGAAGAUUCCAGAUCAGUUCGUAAAGAAAAGAUGGACAGAAUGAAAAAGAAGUAUGCACAAGUGAAAGAUGACCUUCACGCCGCUGUGUUCCUGCGAAUCUUUGGUAACGAGUUGAGGUACAUGCACUUUGACUCGUCCAGCUGGCCUCUCACCAAGGACAAGUUCAACUUCCUGGACUUCCUCAUCAAGAUGUCAAAGGACCAUGACUACUCCUUCGCCAACAGCGUGAUGUUCUUGGACAGCAGCAUCAUUGUGCCAACCUGUGCAGGGCUUCCCCUCAACCUCACCGUGCAUGGAGCUGCCACUGUCAACAUGAAUGUCAAGGGCAAGCUUGAUCUCCGUAACUUGGCAACAAAGCCCACCAGCCUCCUAAUAGAGGGCGUCAUGCAACCGAGUGGUGCUGUAGAGAUCACAGGGACGAUGACAGUUGAUGCCUUUGUGGCGAAGACAGGCCUGAAGAUGGUGUCCAGUGUGCACUCCAGUUCCAGCGUCAAGGGCCGCGUGGAGUUGUCCAGAGGGCAGAUCUUUAACCUGGAGUUAGACAUGCCCCAGGACAAAAUGGAGAUCUUCAAUGUCAAGUCCAGCUUCUUCAUCGUGCACGAUAAGGUGGAGAAGGAGCAGAAGAUGGUUCAAGAGAACAGGAAGACGAGGAGGCUGUGCUCGGGAGACCGGCUGGCGAAGUUCACCGGAGUAGAACUGUGUGGGGACAUCUCCUUCCCCAACGCCUCCAUGAUCACCGACUCGCCCUACUUCCCAUUCACAGGACCUGUUAGUUUCGGUUUAACUCUGUCCAAGAAAGACACACAUUCUGGAUACAAGAUGGUCGUCAAGAGCAUUUCUACACGGGACAAGGUGUUUGGUCAGCUAGGUUUUGAUACUCCUGGGUCCAGUGUAAAACGAGCCAUGUCUCUGGAUGUAGCGGUCAGCUACAAAGAUAAAGCAAUGGAAAUCGCACUUGUCUCCCCUUGGAAAGAAGCUUCAUUUAAAUCGUCUCUGGUGGACAGCGUCAAUAUUAAACAGCUGAAGGGGACCCUCCUCCUUGACCAGAAGGACAAGUACGGCCUGGACACCCAGGUCAGGAUCAGCAAGAAGGGAAGUGAGGUGACGUACCUGCCCACGAUGGAUUUGCGGAGGCUGACCAACACACAGCAAAUUCUCACCGGCUCCAUCACCAGGGAUGGCGUUCAGAAGAUCGACAUCGACCUCACCUCCAACAUCGUCACGGCAGACCCGGUCAAUAUUAAAGCUGGCUAUGUCAACACCAAGGCCGAGAAGAGCGUGAGGGGCUCAUACACCUACAAGAAGGAUGAGUACAAUUUCCUUGCACGAGCUUUGAUAGCAAGCAGCGGAAAGUCCACCACACACAUCGUGCCCACCCUCGUCAUCAGUAUGCCGAAGAGAGAGAUUAUCAACCUGAAAGGAUCUGCCGAGUACAAAACUAAAAAGUCCUAUAAGGUGGAGACAGUGGUUCAGAUGAAGCCAAUCCUCGAGAAUCCAUUCAAAUUCAAGGCUGACUUGGUCCGAUCUGAGAACAUCAAGAGGAAGAGGCACAAGUAUAAAGGCAGUGCCCUCCUCACCUCAGACUUCAUUACUCUCAAGCUGAGCUCCAACUUGGAGAAGAGGGGGAAAGGCACCGUGUCCAGUCAGUUCGUCCUUGACUACAAUCUACCUAAAAUCAAGAAAGAAAGAGUUACUUUCAGCAGCAAGUUUAUUGACAGAAGCACGAAGACGACAAAGAAGUACAAGAUUAAUGGGAACUUUGAUGUGAAACAGAACAGGGAUUACAACAUGCUCUUGGAUGUGGGUGUCAACAGCAAUUCUCGCCACAACGAGCUUGAGAUGAAGUUCCGGCAUGGGGCCAACGUACGUGACGUAAAGGACAAGAGGAAGGAGUUACACCUCCUGGCCUCAGUGGACCACAAGGUUGCCUCCUCUGGUGCCACUGCAUCUAUUGACUAUGUUGUCAAAGUCUUCUACCCUCCCAAAGAUGUGAACUUCCAUGCUAAAGGUCACCACAGCCAUGAUAAGAAGAACCUGGCCUCCUCCCUGUCCGUGUCCUAUGGUAAGAAACAGAACUUGGAAACAGCCUUCAAACUUCGGGACCGCACUCGCAACAAAAUGAUCAACUUAGAGGGUUCUUUUACCCUAGCCUACCCUGGACGUGACAUAGCAUUUGUCAGUAACCUAACACAGAAAAGCCGUACCAAAUACUUGCACAUCACCAAUCUGAAUCUGCAGAAGGGACAAAAGUCUACUCUCGUGACUAAUUUUGAGAGACCCACAUCAAACAGCGUUGAGUUAUCAAGUGAAGCCGUUAUACAUGGCUAUGAGCCUGUACGUUUUGUUGGAUCUGCUAAUCUCAACUGGAAAAAUCUUAAACUCUCAGGAAAGGUAAGCAGAAAAGGUGAUGCCUAUGGGUUAACAGGAGAGUCUGUUGUCAAUACAAAACAGAAGAACGGUAAAUGGAAGCUGGUGGUAGAUUACCUCAAGAAACAGGUUACAGUCAAAGCGAAUGGUGGAAAACAUGGUGAUAAAUAUAAAGCAGAAUUUGACGCUGAAUUAAAUGAUGAGACUGCUGCAAAAUCUAGAUAUUCUGGAUCAGUUUUAUUCCACAACAAAGGUGGGGCCAACAGGAGACUAGGAGGAAGCUUUGAAGUGAGGACUCCUAUUGAAAAUUAUGCAAGGGUUGCUGGAGACUUUGACUAUUCCAAUGACAGGAAGGAAGUCAGCGUUAAAGGCUCUGCAGGAUAUGGACAUAAACAGAUAUCAGCCACUGCAAGUAUGGACAAGCCUUUCAAAGUAACAAAUCUGGGUCUCAGCUUUGCUGCAACAACACCAUUCCAGAGAUUUGAAGCCAUUGAAAUUAAUGUCAUCAAUAAGUUUGAUAAUACACUGCUGUCUCAAGUGAAGUAUGUAGUUGGGCCACACAAUGCUGACAUGAAGUUUUCUGCUGAAUAUGCAGUCACAACUCUCAAAAGAGACAUCCAGGCAGGGUUUGUUUUUAAAUCCAGUCUACGUGCAUAUAGAAGUGUAUCUGUCAGCUUUGAACACAGUGAUGAUGGACAUACAUACAGUAAAAGCAAAGUGAAAUAUAAUGACAAUGGGGACAUGUACAAAGCAGAAUUUGAUAUGAAUGCUAUAAAUACUAGGAUAAAUUUCAAUGGUAAUGGUAACCUUAUCCUCAUAUCUCCAAAUAACAAAAUAAUUACUACCCUUCAUCAUGAACACCGCCCUUAUGCCUUAAGUACCACCUUCAACACUGAUUGGGGCAAAGGACAGAAGAUUCUUGUUGAUGUCAGUGCUGGCUAUGAAAAAAUAGUCAACACGAAGGUUAACAGUGAAGUAAUUAUCCAGACACCUUGGGCACCAGUUAAUGAUGUAGAUGUGAACCUCGCUUAUGAACAAGGAACAGGUUACCUCAAGCUGAAUACAUUAGCUAAGAACAACAGACAAACUUUAGUCUUACUUGACUCUAAUUACAGAAGAAAUCAUGGUCUUGCUGAGUUGGAUGUCAGCCUAACUGGGUCCAUGCUAGCAAAUGAUAUCAUGGGUAAAGUGAAUGUAAAUGAAUAUGAGAGUAACCCAAAGAGAGGACAUGCAGAAUUCCAGUGGGCAAGAGCGAAGAAGAUAUCAAUGGAUGUAUACCUUGAUUUGCAGCCUACCAUUUACAGUGUUGAUUCCAGUGUUAGGAUCACGACACCAUUUAAGGGGGCAGAAAAUAUCGUUUUUAAAUAUAAGAACAAAAAACGUGGUAAAGAGUGGGUAUCCAAAGUGACACUAGAGUAUGGCCUUGGUAUGUACAUUACAGGAGAAACUCAUCUCCACAUGGACAAUUUGAGAAAGUUCAGAGUAAGUAUAGACUCUUCCUUCCCGGAGAUGCAACAUUUUGAAAGUGGAAUUGAAAUGUCUGGAUCAGUUAAUAAGAACGCAAGAUUAUCAGCCGAUGUUGAAAUAAGGCCAUUGAUGCGGAAAAUGGCUGCAGAAGUCAGCUGGAACCUUGUAAGACAGCUCAGUGGCAUGAUCAGGUUAGACACACCCUUCAAACAGUUCAGAUACCUUCAAGUGACAGGAACCCAUCUCACCAACACACUUGGCAAGACAUGUCAUUUGAAAAUGGAAUAUCAUCCCAGCAAAGUCAUUGUUCUGAACACUACAUAUCAUAUCAAUGCUAUUACUGAUUUUGCACUUGAUUCAGUUCUCGAGACUCCCUAUCCCAAGUACAGGAAGUUCGAAGCUGAGCUCUCUUUCAAAAAACCAGGCAUGGCAAUGGAAGGACGGGCAUCUUUGAAGACUCCUUUUGAAACUUACAAAGUUGUUUCAGCUAAUUUUAACCAUGCCAUGUCCAGGCAGAAUAUCCAGACCCAUGCUGAGGCGAGUUACGGACCAGGGAAAAAGAUAGAAUCAGACCUGUAUUUGAAUUGGAAUGAUGGAGUUGAUGGCAGUGUAACAUUCCGCUCACCAUUAAAGCGACUAGAGACCAUCAGAGUAACCAUUAAUCAUCACGGCACAACAUGGAGAGAUUUCACAUCUAAGACACAAGUCCAGUAUGCCAAUAAGCGAAUUGAGGGAGACGUUUCAUUCAGACAUGGCACUAAAACAACUGGAUCCCUUCUUGUGAAGACACCAUUCCAAGGUUUUGAAAACAUAAAUGCCAAGAUUAAUAGAGAAGGUAGAAUUAAUGACUUCAAAUUGAAGGGAAUCCUGAUAUAUGGCACAAAGAGUCAUGAAGGUGCACUUCAAUUUGCCCUGAAAGAUGACCGUUUUGGUAUUGCAUCUGUGCUGAAGACACCAUCCCUUGAGAACAUGAAAUUAAGCUACAUGAUGACUGGUAACUGGACGGACUUCUCAACCAAGUAUGAAGUGGCUUAUGGUACAGCUUACAAGCUUGACGAGGCCAUAUCGUUCAAGGUUAGCAGCACAGACUUCAGUGUUCGUUACGAUGCGGGAUACACCUGGCAGGGUGAAAGCAGGUUGAUUGGAGCUACAGCUGUCAAGCAGGGUGACAUUAAUAACUUCAAUGUGGAGCUUGGUGGAAAGUUCAACUCCAAAGUAAUGCAUGCUGUUACAUCUUUCCAGAGAGGAAGAAUAUCAAGAGGUAAUUUUAGACUUACCACUCCUUUCAAACAAUACACUGAUGUUGGCGUUUCCUUUGAUCACACUGGGGAUGAAAACCGGUUUAGUACCAAUGCCAGAUUCAACAUUCGGGAUGACAUGGAUUAUGAAGCAAGAGUUGAAAACCUGAAACAAGGUGAAAAGAGGAUUGAAACUACUGUUGAGCUGAAGACGCCUCACAAGGGUCAUGAAGAUUACAAAUUAACAUAUCAGCAUAGCUUGAGGAAAAACAGGUUGGUAGCUGAGGCAGAGGUUUACCAAAAUAGACGGAAGACCUAUUCUGCUGAUGCCAAUGUUGCCUACACUGUACCCGUCACUGCAACCCUGAACAUAAUCACUCCCCAUGAAGGAUACAGAAGUAUCAAAGCAUCUGGAAACUACAAGAAGAGAAACACCCGCCACACAUUCUCUGCCACUGCUAAUGUUGGUAAGCAUGGUGCUAUCACUGCAGAGUCUACUGUUGAUACCAGCGGUGCUCCCUACACAGGUAGUGCUACGGUGAACACACCAUUCACAGGAUACGAACAAAUCACAAUGCACUUCACACAUCGGGGACAACAUAUUCGUGACUUUAGAACAACAGUCACAGCCAAUCUCCCAAAAAUGAAAACAAUAACUUGUGAAGCAUCGUCCCUCUUCCGGAUGGGAAAGGAUUUUAAUGGACUGUUCACGAUGUCAAGUGGCUUGAAGAACAUGGAGGAUAUCAGACUAUUGCUAAGAGGCUCAAGGACAGGAGAUAUAUCUGAGCUCCAUUCUGAACUUGGUUGGCAAAAGAGCAAAGUUAUCACAACUUCUUCGAAUUUCCGCUUUGUAAACGAUAUGAGCGGGGUUGAACUGGCUACUGGAACAUCCAUCACAACUCCAUUUAGCCAAAUUGCCACAACAAACUUCAAGUUGGAUCACAUGCACAAUUCUGAAAAGGUUGCAGAGAGGAUCACUUUUGACUACAAUGGGAAAUCUUAUCUCGAUGCUGACAUGGACUAUACGCAUGGGCAUCGACAUGAAGGUUCCAUCAAUAUCAGAACACCCAGACCAAUGUCAAUGAGAGUUGAUGGUCAAUAUGAGGUAAAACAGUUUCACACAGAUCUCUUCCUUAAUUGGAACCACGAUGAUCUUGAGAGUAACGUCAAGUUUGAGACAGCCUACAAUGAUAGAACUGUCAAUGCUAACGUGGACACAGACUUGAAAUUUAUGGUUAUCCACCCAGUGCGAACAAUGGGAAUUGAGACUGUAGUGAAGAAACUCCCUAUGCAAAUGCAAAAUAAAGCACUCAUUACCUGGGACCAAAAGAUGGGCAGCACAUUUGCUUAUGAUGUGCAGUGGAAUGACCGAAAUAGUCGAUAUCGGCAAGCAAGUGAUGGCAGUGUUCUGGUUGUCGUCCCAACAAGAAGUGUCAAAGUAGGUGGAUCCUAUGUUAACAGUACGUUUGGCAAGAGCUUAGAUGCCACAGUGAUGUGGGAUGCAGAGAGAGACCAGACCAAACAAGUGGCUGUCAAGUUGGAUAUGGAUCAGAGAAGCAAGUCUGUCAAGAGGUCUGUCCUGGUCCAUCUACCAUCAAUCAAAAAGGACUACAAGCUGGAAACAUCCAUGAUCAGAAAUCAAGGCAACGUUCUCGUAGAUGGAACAACAAUAUUCACCUAUUCUCCAGAUCCUCGCAAGGCCUUGACUCUCACCACAAAGAUGGAGAAUUUGGGUGCCAGUGGUUACAACAACUACUCUGUGUCUGUGGGUAUCAACCACCCAUCGACCUCUACCAACCUGCUGCUGAACACACACCUGGGCAACACCUCCAUGUCCUGCUCGGGUGGUCUCGUCCUCUCUUAUGAAGCCCGGAACAGACAGAAGAAGUACUUUGUUCUCAAAGGUGAUGUAAACCACAAAAUGAAGAAAAUGAAUAUUGAGGCGAGUUCCCCACUGAAACAUGUUGUGCUGAGUGGCCGGAUGUUUAAGGACAUUGAGUACCACUUUGGACUCACCAAUACUUACGACCAUAACAAGGUUGUCAACACUGAGAUCAUGGUCGACACUGAAAGAAAAACACUCAACUUGGACUUUGCCUACAACUCUGAGGAUCCUAAUGACAGCAUCCAUCUGUCAGCCGGCUAUGUGAACGACACAGCCAUCCAAGCUGAGAUCUACAGAAAGGUCAGCCGGCAGCGUAUCCCAGAAAGUUGGAUAGCCGUACGUCUCAACUCAUCCCACAUCCUCCACACACGCGUCACCUGGCGACCAAGCUCUCUCAUGGAGCUGCAGCAGUUCGUGUCGUCCAAGGCGCUGGUGUACAGCUAUGUGAUGAAUGAAGCAGCGAGUGAAGUGUCUCAAGCAAUGGGACAGGAGGUGACAGCCAAAUAUAACAGAAUCGCCAACGAAAUCUUCAAUGAAAUGAAGCCAGUCUUUACUCUUCUGGAGAAGGAGAUGGCAAAUGCCAAGGUCAAUCUGGACCUAGUCCAACGUGAAGUGCGCAGAGCUUAUAGAAGGAACGACUUGUAUAUCAAGGACAUGGGCAAUGCUGUCAAUAGCGCUUUCAACAAGAUGUUUGGAGGAUUUGGCAACUUUGUUGAAGAGUUUGAAAGGUUCUAUAUGAAGACUGAAAGGACCUUAACACAGUUGCUUCACACUGUCAAGAACUACCCAAUCACUCAGAAAUAUAUGCAGUUUGUAGAUAAGCUCAUCAGUGAUCUCAAGAACUUCCGCCAGUUGAGUGCAGCCAAGAUGCAGAUGUGGACAUACCAGAUGGACAAGGCAUCCAAUGAACUGUACAAGUCCUACCUUACAUACACACGUUCUCUGCAAAGGAAAAUGAAAGGUUUCGCUUCAUCAAUCAUGGAUCAUCCUAAAGUAAAAGGCAUCCGGGCCACAUAUGCCAACCUGAAGUCUCAGGUUGCCAGCCUACCAGAAGUGGACUACAAACAAUAUGGGGAAAUCCUAGAUGGGGCCUUACAGAAGGCUCUAGAACCCCUGGCGCUGGGAGAAAAGUACAAUGUGAUGAAGAUUAAGGCGAAGGAAGCGUUUGAAUCCCUGAACAUCCACCAAGACCUGAAACGAGCACAUCAUAUCGCGAAUGAAAUCCACCAACAGUUUGUGUGGACCUACAAAUACUGGGACUUGGAUUCCAACCUCCGCCUCACCAUGCUCAGGCUGUACGAGGCAUCGCGCGACAUGAUUUUCAUGGAAAUGAACAAACUGAAGGACAGCCUGGUGGACCUUGACAAGUCCAGGGUUAUUGUGUAUGAUCCCCUGAACGGAGAGCUGCAGGUGGAACUAUACCUGCCUGUCCCACUCAAGUCUCUGGCAGAAGCACCGGACUUCAACAUCCGCCAUUACAUCCGCAAGGUGAAGAACUUUGUUGACAGAUACAUCCCUGGCAGAAACUACUCCGUGUGGGACACCUACUACAAGUUUGUUCCUUCAGUGGACUCAUCCACAUGGAUGCCACCUUACAGAGCCUAUGCAGCAGUUGUGGGUAACCAGCACUUCAUCACAUUUGACAAGAAUCACUUUGAUUUUGCCGGACGCUGCAGCUAUGUGCUGACACGCGACAUGGUCGAUGAUAACUUCACAGUAGUCGUCAAUUACGACAACAACAUGCGUGCUCCCAAGAAGAAGUCUAUGCUUGUCAUGUUGAGAGGCAUUAACAUUGAAGUCGGCACCAAUUACAAGGUCUUGGUGAACGACCAGCCAGUGGAGCUGCCCUUCACCCAGGGCAAGGUGGAGGCCAUCAGGGAGAACUAUCACAUUACCGUCGAUGACGGUACCGGGCUGACCGUGGAGGUAGAUCCAGUCAACGACAUCUACACUAUCGGACUGAGUGGUUGGUACCACGGCAGGGUUGCCGGACUCCUUGGAACAUUUGACAACGAGAACAGUAACGACAUGCUCUCCAUCAAUCGCCAGAAACUGACUGAUGUAACUGACUUCGCCAACUCUUGGGAGGUUGGUCACCGAUCAUGCAGAGCCUCCAACAAGGCCACCGAGAUCAGCAUGGCCAAUGUUGACUCCAUCUACCCAGAGUGUGUAGCAUACUUCAAGGCCCAGACAUCUCAGUUCAGACCUUGCUUCUCUGUGGUACCAGCUGAAGAGUUCCUUCACACGUGUGUAGGUUACGUCCAGACUGGAGCCACACCCACUAAUGCCAGCUGCAGGACCGCUGCCCAGUAUACGCAUCUCUGCAGAACCCACGGUGUCUACCUGAGUGUGCCCACGAACUGUGUAAGCUGUGCCCUGACCAGCGACCUGACCUCCAUCACCAGUGGUAUGUCCGUGCAGCUGACCGCUGGAGACAAGGAAGCGUCGCUGCCAUCGUCCGCAGACGUCAUCCUGGUUCUAGAGGAGAAGAACACUCAGAAGUUAACAGCAACAACACUUGGAGAUCUCAUCACUGAAGUGGACUCUGCACUCGGGAAUGUUGGUAUCAACCAGAACAAGUAUGGCUUGGUUGGCUACGGAGGGCCCGGGCGCCUAGAGAUGGAGCAUAGUCGAACAUUUGACGGUCAUCUCUUCAGCCAUGCCAAAAGAUUCUUGAGGGGCGUUGAAAGUAUUGUGUACUCCGACAGCAAGGUAGCAGGGGACGGCCUGGCCGCCAUCAGACUUGCCACCACCUACCCCUUCAGGACAGGAGUGGCCAAGGUCAUCUUGUUUAUCCCAGCCUCUGACUGUGAGGCCAAUGAGGCUCAUGUGGACAUGGACGGCAUACUGACAGCCCAUGGUUUCGUCAUGCAUGUACUCCGCAGCAAGCCCAUGGACAUCCGAGACAACAGGCCUGUCAGAAAUGUUCAGAUAUAUGGCAUGGACCAAGCACAGAUUUUCACCAUGAGGUCUCGCCGAACGCGCAAUGAGGAGCUGUUCAAGAAGCUAGUCCAGCCAGCCGACAGAUGUUCCCAACUUGCCCUCAACUCUAAUGGCUCAAUCUUCGACUCCACCCAUAUGCAGGGUGGAAGCUCCAAGAACAGGAGGGAAUUUGUCCGGAACUUCGCCUCCCGUGUUGCCAUGACAGCAGCACCACCUGUGUGUCAAACAUGCAAGUGUGAACAGGAUGCGACAGGAAUGGGCAAAACUGUCUGCAAACCUUGCGACCAGGCGUCUUUCUUGUGGAGGUACAUGCCCGACUGGUGGAGCAGCAACAGAACCCCGGUGGUUCGAGAUGUCUUGACAGAACAACUGAAGGAGUACCUAGGAUCAGUCCAGCGCCAGGUGUCUUUGGCAGCCUGAUGCCAUCCCUCAAGUUAGGGAAGGAUUCGGCUGUGUUGAUAACUGUACACCACGACUUCAGAUGUGUCAGUUGCAUGUAGAUUUCUAGAUGUCAUGUCUGUUCCUGUACUUUCCUCUGCAUCAGGGUGUUUCCUGCGUGUGUAUACACUAUGGCCUCCUAACUCUGCUCAGACAGACCGUAGGUCAUGGCACCAGAAGGAACAAGUUCAACUUGUGUUCACUAAGAUGUUUAUAUUUGUUGUUUAUCGUCAUAAUAUUUCACUCCUUCAUCUUGCCAUAAUCGAAACAAUAAUCCAAGACAUUUAAGGGUAUUGGUCAUUGAUAACUGUGAUUCAUUAUCUUUAUUUAUUAAAAGAGCAUCUAUGUGCUGCACAUACUCUUAGUGUUUAGGAAAACACCACAUUGUCAAUUUUGACUCCACAGUGGCUCAGUGUUUCGAGCGUCACCAAUGUUUAGGGCAAUAUUCACAUUUUGUAUUGUGCACGGUUUGAAGCAUCUAUUUCUGUUCAAUGUUGUAACUUUGUACUUCUACAUAUCUAGAUGAGUCGCAGUGAUCCGUCAAAGUGCCAAAGUUGUAAAUAAAUUGUCUUCUAUUGUACAUAAGUCUUUUGUAUUUAUUUCUUCCUGAAUAAAAAUGUUUAGCAUUUUUAUAA